AUGAGAGUGUAUGGACUCUUAUUGCUGAUGUGUACACUUCUCGGCACAACCACCGCAACGGGCAGGCUCGGCACGAAAUCCUCUGAGUUUACCUCCGUGGCACCCGAGUCUCGUGGGAUAGAAAGUUUUCGUGUUGUGAUUUACCUGAACGCCACGGCGUGCUCCGCGUCAGAGGAAAUACCACAGACUUUUUUUGUAGCAUUUGAGGAGGACUUACUUGGGGGCAUUCUCCCUGAAAUUUCUUCUAUGUGUGGUGCUUCCUCUGCGAGUCCAUCGUUGUCCUGUUUGGCGGUGUGUUCUAUUCAUUCUCCCUCUCAGGAACUAGCGUUCACUGAACAUUUUGGAGGGGCAGGGGCGAGCUUCUUCCAACAUCCCACAAUUGUCUGCGAGUGGAAAGCCGACGGGUCGGUGCAAAUGCCGAUGGGUUUUUACCCAACUUGCCGUAAGCGCGUUCAGGAUUUGUACGCCAUGGAGAACGCGUUGGAGGUAAUUAAAGCAAAAAAAUCACACAAGAAGAGAAACAGGUACACUUUUGGACGUUCUUCCGAGGUAUAUUACAAAAUGACAGGGGAUGCGCGUCAUUUGGUGGCAGUCGGUGGGGACUGUUACCUCACUGAUUUCUCCGCUGAGUCAGCGAGGAAAAUGUGCGGUCGGGUGACGUGCCUGGAAGCUUCCAUGAUUGUUCUGACGGCUGUUAUAGCGCUCAUGGUGGUUGUUGCUGUGAUGUACCUCUGCCGCCGGCAACUCUUUGUUCAUUUCUUUAAUUUCGGUCUCCGCGACGGUGAGUCGAGCACGUCUUCGCAGCUUAUUGUACACUUACCGGAUAAAAAUGAGAGUCAUAGUAGCACGGCAUACGAAGCGUGGAAAAAGUCAACAGAGCCACACACGCCUCCCGCUUCACGCCUGCCCGUUUCGUUUGGGGAUUCUAACGCAUCCCCAUCCAGAUCCCCAGGCUCAAAUGAAGUGGACUUUACUAAAAUGGACAAGGUCUUGGCCAAUGCGUCGCCAAGAACUGAGCAGAGCGGUGGCUUCUCAGAUCGGAGGCAAUGUUUAACGAUAUCCCGUACUUCUUCGCAAAGCCAUUUUUUAACACCUUGGCGAUAUCGACAACCGCGUGUAGGUAGUAAUGAUGUUGCCGUGAGUGAGGGCAAAAAAAUAGAUGGUUUGGCUGCGUCACACCAAGAGAAGGCUUUGCCCGAAGCUUGCGAGGUUGACAUAUCGAAGGAAGAGCGUGAACAAUUGCAGCGUCAGCGAUCAUGGCUCAGAGAGCACGUGAUAGGCCUCGACGCAAUUUAA